AAUCGACAUAAAAGGCAAUCUGGCAAAAAUGAGUUCCUUCCUGAUCUUUACUUGGCUGUUCCUGUUUAAUGAAAUAUGUUUAAGUGCAUCAGUAUUAACCACAGAAUUCCCGCAAACUACCGUAUUAACCACAGAAUUCCCGCAAACUACUGCCCCAGAAGUGCAAACAACUGAACUAACUUCAGAAGAGCCUACUCCAGCUGAACGUUCCUUGCGAUUAGUUAAUGGAAGAAACAGAUGUGAAGGUCGCCUUGAAGUAUAUCAUAAUGGCAACUGGGGAACAGUCUGUGAUGAUAUUUGGAACCUGAAUCAUGCACGUGUGGUCUGCAGAGAGCUUGGAUGUGGACCAGCUCUGUCAGCACCAGGAAGUGCCCGUUUUGGUCCAGGCUCAGGCAACAUCCUCCUGGACGAUGUACAGUGCACAGGAAGUGAAUCUUCCCUGCUUCAGUGUUCUCACAGAGGUUGGGGGACACACAACUGUGGUCAUCAUGAAGAUGCCAGUGUCAUUUGCUCAGCCUUGAGAUUGGUUAAUGGAGGCAACAGAUGUGAAGGUCGCCUUGAGGUAUAUCAUAAUGGCAACUGGGGAACAGUCUGUGAUGACAUUUGGAAUCUCAAUCAUGCACACGUCGUCUGCAGAGAGCUUGGAUGUGGACCAGCUCAGUCAGCACUAGGAAAUGCCCAUUUUGGUCCAGGCUCAGGCAACAUCCUCCUGGACAAUGUGCAGUGCACAGGAAGCGAAUCUUCCCUGCUUCAGUGUUCUCACAGAGGUUGGGGAACACAUGACUGUGGUCAUCAUGAAGAUGCCAGUGUCAUCUGCUCAGCAUUAACCACAGAAUUCCCACAAACCAGCGCCCCAGAAGUGCAAACAACUGAACUAACUUCAGAAGAGCCUACUCCAGCUGAACCAGCAACCACUGCAGAAACUACUGGACCAGCAGCUUCUGCACAAACUACUGGAAUCCAUGGAUGUGGCAAUACUUUCUCAAAUCCAUAUCAGUCAUUUUCUGGCCCGUAUUACAAUGGUGAUGGAAGCACCAUACAGUGUCUCUGGACAAUCCAUUCCUAUGAUUCUAGUCCUAUAGUGCUAACUCUUGACUAUCUGAAUUUAGACUGUACGCAUGAAUAUGUUCAUGUCUACGAUGGAAAUGUUUAUCAAUCAGCACUACUUGGGAAUAUAUGCAGUGGCUGGAGCUGGAUAUUCACUUCCUAUACAGGCACUAUGACAGUUCUGCUCCACAGAGAGUCCUAUCGUGCAGGCUCUGGCUUUUUUGCCUAUUACAAUAUAGCAGCAUUAACCACAGAAUUCCCACAAACUACCGUACCUGUAUUAACCACAGAAUUCCUGCAAACUACCGAAGAAGUUCCUACAAGUGAAACAGCAGUUUCACCCAGAGAUGUUCCCAUGAGACUGGUCGGUGGGAACAACAGGUGUGAAGGACGCGUGGAACUCAACUACAGAGGAAGCUGGGGAACGGUCUGUGAUGAUGGCUGGGACUUAAAUGAUGCGCAGGUUGUCUGCAGAAAGCUUGGAUGUGGAUUGGCUUUGUCAGCACCAGGAAGUGCCCAUUUUGGCCAUGGCUCUGGCCAGAUUCUCCUGGAUGAUGUAAACUGCAGAGGGAAUGAACCUUCUCUGGAGCUGUGCUCCCAUCCGGGAUGGGAACGUCACAAUUGUGGUCAUAGUGAAGACGCUGGUGUCAUCUGCUCAGCUUCCGGACGACCUAAUACAACAGCUCUUCCUACAAGUCCCACAGAAGUUAUAUCCAGAACUUCCAUAGGACCUCAUACACCAGAAGACGUUCCUACAAAUGAACCAACAGUUUCACCCAGAGAUGUUCCCAUGAGAGUGGUCGGUGGGAACAACAGGUGUGAAGGACGCGUGGAACUCAACUACAGAGGAAGCUGGGGAACGGUCUGUGAUGAUGGCUGGGACUUAAAUGACGCGCAGGUUGUCUGCAGAAAGCUUGGAUGUGGAUUGGCUUUGUCAGCACCAGGAAGUGCCCGUUUUGGCAAUGGCUCUGGCCAGAUUCUCCUGGAUGAUGUAAACUGCAGAGGGAAUGAACCUUCUCUGGAGCUGUGCUCCCAUCGGGGCUGGGGAAGUCACAAUUGUGGUCAUCAUGAAGACGCUGGUGUCAUCUGCUCAGCUUCCGGACGACCUAAUACAACAGCUCUUCCUACAAGUCCCACAGAAGUUAUAUCCAGAAAUGUUCCCAUGAGAGUGGUCGGUGGAAACAACAGGUGUGAAGGACGUGUGGAACUCAACUACAGAGGAAGCUGGGGGACAGUCUGUGAUGAUGGCUGGGACUUAAAUGACGCACAGGUUGUCUGCAGAAAGCUUGGAUGUGGAUUGGCUUUGUCAGCACCAGGAAGUGCCCAUUUUGGCCAUGGCUCUGGCCAGAUUCUCCUGGAUGAUGUAAACUGCAGAGGGAAUGAACCUUCUCUGGAGCUGUGCUCCCAUCGGGGCUGGGGAAGUCACAAUUGUGGUCAUCAUGAAGACGCUGGUGUCAUCUGCUCAGCUUCCGGACGACCUAAUACAACAGCUAUUCCUACAAGUUCCACAGCAGUUAAAUCCAGAACCCUUUCAUGUUCUGGAGAAUACAUGGUUGCACGCAUCAGCAAAGCGUAUCUCCGGUUGCUGGGUUAUCAUGAAUGGAGUCUGUACCUGAAUUCUUCAGACUCUUUCUGCACACCUCAGAUUACACAAUACUAUGUGGUCUUCAAUAUACCAUUCAGUGGGUGUGGCACGAUAAGACAGCAGGCAAAUAAUGACACCAUCAUCUAUUCCAACAUAAUCAAGACAUCAGCUUCUGGUUAUAUCAUUACAAGAAAUAGUAACUUUCAGUUUCACAUCAUGUGUGAAAUGAACAAGACUGCUGUUGUAGAGACAAUGUUUGUUGCUCGUAAUUCCACUGACAUUACUGAACUAGGACAUGGCAGUUACAAUGUGACACUUGCCUUCUUUGAUUCGUGGUCUUUCAACUAUCAAGUUCGCUCUUCUCCAUACUUUGUGUCACUCAAUCAAGCGCUCUACCUCCAAGCUACUCUCCACAGUUCUGAUCCAAACUUAGUACUAUUUCUAGAUACGUGUGAAGCAUCUCCAAACUCUGGUGACUUCACAACUCUGACCUAUGACUUAUGGAGGAGUGGAUGUCCACGAGACUCUACCUUCAGAUAUCUGGGAAAUCCAAGGAGAAACGAAGUUCGUUUCAUGUUCAGCUCCUUUAAGUUUCUUAACUAUCACAAUGAAGUUUAUUUGCGGUGCAAACUAGUAGUGUGUAAGGCAUAUGAUUACUCAUCCCGAUGCUACCAAGGAUGUUUAACUAGAAAGAAGAGGGAUGCAGAUGAACUUCAGGAGAAGGUUGCUGUGGUUGUAGGACCAAUCAAGCUUCAAAAAGAAGCUAAGGAAGACAAAAAGCAGGAACUGGCUUAGAGCGCAAGUCUAGAAAAGGAUAAAGAUGGCAUCCUACUUACUCUUACUACUGUACUUUUGGCAGCCACUGUCUCCAUCUGGCUUUCUUAUAAGCAGCAAACUGAAACCAACUGAUUCCAAUGCAUCACCAAUGUAAAAAUUAAGCACUUUCUGCACACACAAAAACUCUGUUUCUAUUUCUAAAAGUAAUCAGUUUCUUCUAAGAAAGUGGUUCGUAAUCCAACAAACCUACCGACAGGCACAUUUACAUUUUAGCAUAAGCAAGAAC